UUAUCUAUGGGAGAUGUUUACGUCUGCAUUUAUACUUUAAUAUUGACUAAAUUAAUAGUUCUCUGGUAAAAUGUAUACACCCUUUGCGUUGUUAGCAGCGAUUUGUUUCCAGCAUGGAACGCUGGCGGCGGAUGUUGACCAGCUUCAACAAGAAGUAGACAGCAUGAAGUCCCAGAUGGCGGAGUUACAGCACACCAUACACAAAAUGCAGGCACAACUAAAUGCUACAUCUGACUUGGCAGCCCUAGCCCACUCCAUACCGCACUCGGAUCCAGUAGCCUUCACGGCACACUUGUCCACCACAAUCCACAACGUACCUCCACACCAGCAUGUCAGCUUUGACCACGUCAUCACCAACAUAGGCGGAGCAUACAGCGCCUCUACUGGUCAUUUUGUGGCUCCCGUAUUCGGCACAUACGCCUUCUUUGUCACUGCUACAAACACACCUGGACACUCCACAUCUCUUGCUUUGAUGAAAAACGGCCAAUGGCAGUCAGUCACUUUGGCUCACGGAACGGAAGCCACGCCCACUCAAUGGGAAACAAGCACCAUGUGUACCAUGUUGCUCCUCACUUCCGGUGAUGAAGUUUGGGUACAAAAUGAAGCAAAGUUUUCAACGACGGAGGACCUGGACGGAUACAAUUACUCUUCAUUUUCCGGCUUCCUGAUACAUCAAUUGUAGCUUAACUCUUUGAUUGUGAUAGAAGCAAAAAUAGAUAGCAUAUAAUAUGUUAUAACA